AUGACACCCUUAACAUUAUAUGGAUUUGUAGUUGAAAGAAUCCGUACUAAUAAGAUAGCGUUAAUAAAGUAUGAAGAAUUAAAACCGACAGAUUGUGAUGAUUCCACUGUAAUGACGUUAUGCGGUAAACGAGUAAAAAUAAAAAAGCUAAAAUAUACUAGUAAAUGCGAUGAUAAUGACAUUAAAGGAUUCGAGUCUUCAUCGAAUGAUCCACUAGAUUGGAAUAAAAAAUUAGACUUGAUACGUCAAGUGGUAAAUGGCUUGAAGUACCUUCAUGAUGUAUCUGUUGUUCAUACAGAAUUGCAUCCAUGUAAUAUCUUCGUGCAUGAUGGAGUGCCAAAAUUAGCAAACAUUGGAAUGUCUAAAAUCCGUACCCAUUGUAACCUUUCUUUUACCCAAUACACCCCUCCUGAAGUAUUGCAAAAAAAAGAUAUACUAAAUAAUAUAAAGCUAAAUAUUUACAGUUUAGGAGUUUUAAUAUGGGAGAUAUGUAAUGAUGGUGUAGAACCUUUUCGUGAAAAUUAUAAUAUUUCUUUAGCAAUUGAAAUAAUUAAUGGUGUUCGCGAAUCACCUAAAAAUGGAACGCCAUAUGAGUUCAUUCACCUUUAUGAAAAAUGUUGGGAUAGAAACCCCAAUAUAAGACCUAAUUGCUCAGAAAUUCUUAAAGAACUAGAAAUUAUCGCCAAACAUGAAAAAGUCAAUGGAUACGAUGGUCAUGAAACUACAAGAUUCGAAUCGAUUAUCGACCACAAUAAUUGUGAGCAAGAUAUUAAAGGUCUAGAAAGAGAAAAAAUGUUGCAAGUAGGAGUUAUUGAAGGAUUGGAUUUAAACAAAGGAAGAAACCUAGUUGAAAAUGAUUUUAUUCUUGGGACAAAAACAAUACUUAGUGAUCUUGGAGAUUUAGACAUAUCUAUUUUAAAGGAUAAAGAUCCAGAUAUUUUUAUCUUUAACGAUAUCGCAAAAUUGUACGUCCCAACUGCAUUAGUGCAAUAUAAUGUCGAUGAUGGUGAUGUGAAUGAGCAAUUUAUUCUAGAUGUCAAAGAUUCACUUGAUAGCUCAGAUGACAAUGUGAAAAAAGAAAGAUUAAAUAAGGCGCUUAAUCAAUGGGGUAGAUUUGUAAUUUCCGAGGUCAUUAUGGGAGGUGCCAUAAUGAUAAAAAAUUGGUCAAAAAUUAGUGAUAUAAAUAAAUCACGUUUAAUGGCAUAUAUUCAAUGGGGAAUAGAUUAUUCAAAAGGUGAAAAAUCUCCAAUAUUUACUAAUGUCUCACUUAACGACUUUUCACAAUUAGAAACCUCGAAAAAAGUUCUUAAGACUGCUGGUGACUUGUAUGAUUGGUUAAAAAAUAUAUAUGACUGUCAAAAUCUAGAAAUUAUUUCUUAUGAAAAAUUUAUACCAUCAUAUCAUUUACUGCCAAAUAAUUUAAUAAGGCAAUGUUCUGCUAUCGAACCUACAAAUGGACCUUCCCUAAGAAUAAUUCCACAAAUAUCACAAACUCAAUAUGAACAAAAAAAGUUUUCAGAAUGGAUAAAGUUACAAACCAAUUCAUUAUUGCAUAAUUGGGUUCAUGAAUUAUCUCUGGAACAUGGUAUACUCUUAAAAUAUCCGCAUUUAGUACAUAGCGAGAAUGUUUGUCUUAAAUUUUCUAAAGAACCUACAGUAACAACAAUGGAAAAGGUUAUUGUUUUAUUAGCACAACCUCGAACUAGACAAGAAGCUUAUUUACUAAUUAAUGGUAUAAAAGAAAGUGUCAAUUUAAAGUUUGAAAAUAUUCCUUUUCUCGAUUAUAAUUCAGUACAUUCAAAAGAACCUUCUAAAAAAAUUUAUUGCCAGAUUAUUGUUAAAUUGGCAAGGAUUUCUUUUAAGUCAGCAAACAUUGAACCUAUCGAACAAAUUUCAGAUAUGGUGGAUCUUUCCCUUAAAAGUUACGAACCAUAUAAAAAUCUCGGUGAAUUAUUUAGUAAUAACUAUGGACAUUUAGUUCCUAAAACUAUAGUUCUGGGUGGAAAGCUAUCAAUUGAGUACGAUAUUACUGAAAAUACUGUUGAAACACUGCGUUAUGAGUUCGACAGUUUUGAUGCAUCAAAAAUUAGAAACAUAUUAUCAAAAUGGGAUGAAAAACAUAAACAUGUCAACACAAAAUUUUUAAUGAGCCAUGAAGAAAUUAUUAACCGCGACCAUAUUGAAAGCUGGUGGAAGAAUCUUACUGAUAAUCCUAAAAAUUGGACGAUUGUAUCAUAUGAAGAUUGGAUCCCGAUGUAUAAAAUUUUAAAACAAACGCAGAGUGAUAAUAUUGAAGAAAUUUUAUGUAACAAUUAUCGUAUUGUUUUUAGUGGGAAAGAAUCAAUACAACGGAAUGAUCAAAUUUCUGUAAAUAUUAAAUUUCCUGGUUCUAUAGAUGAUAACUAUCAAAUUUAUGGAAGUGCUGCUAAGAAGAAUUUAUAUGGAAAUUGGGAAAAUAUUUCUGAUGUGGCUGUUAGAUUUAAUUAUGCUAAUGAACAUGGCUGUGUUGCAACCUUGCACAAAAGCAGAGAGAUAAGGCUAAAUUGUAAUACAUUAAAGAUUUUUUGGUUUGUGGUUUCUAAACAAAGAGGUUAUUAUACUAGUGAAUAUCGAAAUAUUCAAAUUGCUUAUGGAAAACAAAAUAUCAAUAAUUUUCAAACUGAAAUAUCAUUGAAAUGUAAUAACCUUAGUAUGGAAUGCAUUUUAGUAACCUCGUUUAUUUCUCAAUCCUUGAAAGAUACGUCGCUUUAUAAAACACACCUUAAAUCAUGGACGACAAAAGAGGUUGAUUUGGGAAUUAUAAAAAAUCAAAAUAAUGCUAGGACAUGGAAAGCGUCUGAUCUAUAUCCUCAAGGAAUAAUGAUUCAAUGGUGUAUUAUUUAUACCAACAGAGAUAAAUUGGUGGAUAGCAAUGAAUUAUUUCCAUGGAAUGUAUUCGGAAUCGCCCUUGAUGAAGAAUUAAAAAUCGAUUAA